CAUAUAAGGCAGCUAUUGCAUUAAGACAAGCAAGAGCGCAAAAUAAUACAUUAGCUAUGUUCAUUGUUUCUUCAAGUUUUAGUGCUAGAAUUUCAGAUAUAUUAGGCCUAACAUCAGUAUCAUGUAAUAUUAAACGAACAAAACAAACAAAUACAUCCUUAGAUACCUACUUUGUUAUUCGUCAGUUAUCACCUACUAAGCAGAAUGAAUUUCAUUAUCGACUUCUUUGUAUAAUAGUCAAAAAUAGUCUCUCAUUUUGGUUUACUGAAACCAGAACUUUUCAUGAGUUUGUUGCUUUCUUUAAUACCACUGUUAAAAUUUCAAGUCGACAAAUGUUGAGCAAAAGAAUUCUUAAAGAAUAUGCUAAAAAAUUAGAAACUUCUCAAGUUUCUGCUCUUUUAAAAACACAAGAACCAGUUACUAUUAUGUUUGACAGAUGGAAGAAUGUAUGUGUAAGUGGCACUAGUCAAAAAACAGAUAAUAUAUUAAACACAAUUUGCGCUUUUUUAGAAUAUGCAAAAACACAAACUCUAAAUGUAGUUGUAAUGGUAACUAAUAGUGCAUUGUCUUAUGCCCUCAGCAUGUUUAAUAAUACUCUUGAAGCAAUUUCAGAAGAACAUAAUAAUGUACAAGAUAAGGUGGCAAAUAACGUAGUUGGGCUUGCACUACUGCAAUAUUGGGAGUUCGCUGCACUGAAUCUAAAAGAAAUCGGCAUAGUUGUACAAAGGCUAUUCAGUAUUAAAGUUAAUUCAGCUUCAUGUGAAAGGCUUUUUUCUUGCAUGGGUAGUUUUAUAGUUCUCAACGAUGUCAUCUUAAGGAAUCAAAUUAUAAGUUUAGCUAAUUAUAAUAUACAAGUAUCUUCUCAUGAACAAUCAAAAUCUGGCACAAUUAAUCUCAGUGAUAUUGUAAAUAUUUCAAUGCUUGCCAAUAAUAAAAAUAAUAGUGAAAACAUGACCAAAGAGAUUAAUAAUGAGAAAAAUGAUAAUAGUGCACAUAAUAGUGAUAAUAACACAGACAAAGACCUGACUGAUGAAGUUGAAAAUGUCGAAGCAACCCAAUAUAAAAAUGUCGAAGCAAUACAAUAG